AGGUGUCACACGCAACUUCCUCUCAGCUUCACAGGUAUACUUUGAUUCCAAAUGCACUGAUAACUCAAGAGUCAACAUGCGGCAGCACCCUCACCUCCUCACCCUCUGCGUUACUGCUAUAGCGCUCGGGUACCUGACAAACCACGCAUAUGCUCAGGCUUCCAAUCCCACUGUGAAAAACUUCUUACAAUGUGUUGGACUGAAGUCUAUGAACAUGACUGGUGGCCAGAACAACAGCCAAAUUGCCGAUGAAGUGUUAGAAGAAUUCACAGAUGUCUACACCUUCGUGAGAUCCAGCUUCAGUCGUGAUUCCAUCCUGGAAUUGUUUUUUAGCCUUCAUAACUCCUCAGCCAAUCAGUCGCCCCAGGAUUUGGGCUUCAUCAAGCUGUGGUUCCAAGUGAACCUUAGACCCUUCCUCGCCAGGGUGUCCAAGGAGUCCCUGUCUUGUCUGAGCGGAGGAAACUUCAGCUGUGAGACAUACCAGGCCAUCGUCAAAGAGAUAAGUCUCCAUUUUUCAAGUCUGGACCCUGCCCGGCAGAAGUGGAUCUACAAGCACUUUGUGUACUCCUUCCUGGCCAGGAACAGCACAGCCGGCUGCGUUUCUUCUGGGGAGACCAGUGAGGUAUGGCUGAAGAAGAACUUUGGUGCAUUCGCAGUCGUGUCUCAGCUCAGAGACUUCACCACACUGAACACGGGCUUCAAUGCUCUGGAAGUCCUGCACCUCCUCACUCCAGUACAGAAGGCAGAGCUGCUCCUGAGCCCUGAAUUGGGUCACCUCGACGACAGUACCCUCGCCAUGGUCUUCGAAAGUCUGCUGAAGCCCCUCCUUAACCACUCAGGACCCGUGGUCAACUCAUCUUCACCAGGACUGGGGAAAUCCAAAGGGUUCCUGAAAAAGCUUAAACCCCUGGGGAGAUUUAUCGGGCGGAUUGUGAACUUCAUUCAUAGGGUAAGUACACCAAGUACAGGGCCUGCGUGGCCUCCCCCCUGUUUUUCCUCAUUCAGCACUGUAUUUUACUCUCCGUUUUCCACGUCCUUGCUAUUUCAGAAACUUGGUUCAUUUGCCAGACGGUUUCAGCUGUCUGAUCUGACGUCCUUGAAGAGUCACAAGGUGGCUCAGGCCGUGCUGAACUACACCCUCGCAGAGCUGGUCGCUAUCCUGGGGAACGGGACCAACGGGACUCACGGGACCAAUGGGACCAAACCAACCCCCUCACCCUUCCCAGCCAGCUUCAACAUCUCCGACGUGCACGACUGGUACCAGCAUGUGGUGGUCCCACUGAUCCGCCGUUUCCUGCCCCACAAUGAGAGCAUCCCCCCUGAACUCACUGCUGCCUUCAUCCAUGCUUUCUCUGGAAAUUCUGAUCCAGAACCCUCAGAUCCUCCAGACAUCUGUCACGCUCCUGUAGAUGUUCGCCCCUGCGCUCUUGCCAACUCAGUGGAAGUCGUAGAUAAAAUCUUCAACUGUGUGGACCAAACAAACCUGACUGCUGAACACCUGAAGCCCCUCAUGGCUCAGCUCAUUGCCAUUGUGGAGCCGCUAAUUCAGCAGCGCUGUGGUCCGAAUUCAAGCGUCAUGGCAUCUAAGCUCUGCAGCUCACUCUCCCUGCCCAACAUGGACAACAUCUCCUCUGAGAACUUCCAGGAUGUGGAAUCCACCCAGAUCUUUUUCCAGACCAAAAUCAGGCCUUUUCUGCCCUCUAUUUCUGGAGAUUUCCUCAGAUGUGUCUUGACAAGGAACCUCAGCUGUCCAUCUUACCAGACCUUGGUGAAGGAGCUGUCCAAUCACACGCAGUCUCUGGGCAAAAAUAGACAGAUGUUGGUGUAUACAAAUUUCAUCAAUCCUUUCCUGUCACGACAGAUGUCUGCAGAUCCUAGCUGCAUAUCCCAAACAAAUGGCAGCAGGGACUGGGUGAUGAAGAAUUUUGGCCGGUUUUCCGUCUUUGCACCCUUGCAGGAUUUCUUCUCUUUGAACUCAAACUUUUCUGCUCUGGAGACCCUGAACCUUCUCAGCCCUCGACAGACAGCGGAGCUGGUCGUGUCGCCCCACCCUGCACUUUCAGAUAAAGAGGCCAUCAUCAAUGCAGUGUUUGACCACUUCAUGGAAUCACCAAAUGACAUGAAGCAGAGAGAAUUCCUCAGGGAGUUUGCAAUGUUAUCCCAACAGAGACCGCUGAACUGCAGCUCCAUCCAAACCAUAAUCAAGAGGCUUCGUCACUCACUGUCCUCAAUGCCAGGACGUCAGGAGCCAGUCAUCUGGGCCAGCAUUAACGUGUUCAUGCAAGCAGGACCCAGACGUGAGUACAAGUAAAAUUUGCAGAACAAACUGCAUUUCCAAUUCUUUGUA